GGUCAGAGACAGUACAUGCAAACAGCGUGUUCUGGGCGGAACUACGCAGGCGUCACCUUCUCAGUCAUUAACUGUGAUGAUGAUGAGCGGCUACCAUACAAUAUAACAGUAAGUUGGUGGAAAACCGAGGCAAAAAUGAAGCCGAACAAGCACAAAGCAUUACAUUCAGCUGAAAGGGAAUUUGGGGGUACUCUUGGUGCCACCUGCAUCCCUGUGUUUCUGCCUCUGACUGUUCUGUACCUCCUGAGUGUGUGUCGGUCUCCAGAAGCCAGUGUCCUGCAGUGGCCCCCUCCUUUAACCCCCGCAGCACAUUUAUGGGACCCUUUGGCUGCGGUUCUGGUUGUAGGUUGGAUCACCCUGCAGAGUUUUCUCUACCUGCUGCCCAUUGGAAAGGUUUCUGAAGGAUUGGUCCUCAGAGAUGGAUCCAGAUUGAAAUAUCCCAUAAAUGGUUUCCAUGCCUUGAGCAUUACUGCUGCCCUGUUGAUCGUAUGUGUUUUGCUGGGAAUGCCACUCGGGUAUCUGUUUGAGCUCAUUUUGCCUCUGGCUGUCUGUGCCAUUGGGCUGUCCUACCUGCUGUCUAUGUACCUGUAUAUCCGCUCUUUCUGGGCACCUCAACUUGCUUUAUCACUUGGAGGAAACACAGGAAAUCCUCUGUAUGACUUCUUCAUGGGUCGAGAGCUCAACCCUCGCAUUGGAGACUUUGACUUGAAAUAUUUCUGUGAACUAAGACCUGGAUUAAUAGGCUGGGUGGUAAUAAACCUGGGGAUGUUAAUGAAAGAAGUAGAGUUGAGGGACUCUCCAUCUCUUGCCAUGCUGCUUGUCAACGGCUUCCAGCUCCUCUAUGUAACAGAUGCACUGUGGAAUGAAGAGGCUGUGCUUACUACUAUGGACAUUGUGCAUGAUGGAUUUGGGUUCAUGUUGGCGUUUGGCGAUCUGGCCUGGGUUCCCUUCACAUAUGGCCUUCAGGCCAUGUUUCUGGUUGUACACCCACAGUCACUCAGUACUCUUGGAGCAACAGGGAUUAUUCUUCUAAAUGGAAUGGGUUAUUUCAUUUUCCGGAAGUCCAACUCUCAGAAAAACCAGUUCAGAAGAGACCCCACACAUAAAAGUGUAGAACACCUGGAAACUAUUGCCACGGCAACAGGAAAGCGGCUACUGGUGUCAGGGUGGUGGGGGUUUGUCAGGCAUCCAAACUACCUGGGGGACCUUCUCAUGGCUCUGGCCUGGUCCCUCCCUUGCGGAAUGUCACAUAUUCUGCCUUACUUCUAUGUCAUAUAUUUCACCAGUCUGCUCAUCCACCGAGAGGCCAGAGAUGAGAAGCAAUGCAGAGCCAAGUACGGACUGGCCUGGGACACCUACUGCAGACGUGUGCCCUACAGAAUAAUCCCGUUCAUUUAUUAAUGCGGA